AUGGCAUACAGGCCGCCGCCUGAGGUCCUCAAGGAGGCCGUGCUGCGCUACAGCCUGGCCGACGAGGCCUCCAUGGACAGCGGGGCGCGCUGGCAGCGCGGGCGGCUGGCCCUGCGCGCCCGAGGCCCCGGCGGCGUGGACCGCGUGCUGGAGCUCUUCGACCCGCCCAAGAGUUCAAAGCCCAAGCUACAAGCAGCCUGCUCCAGCCUCCAGGAGGUCCGGCGAUGCACACGCCUCGAGAUGCCCGACAACCUCUACACCUUUGUGCUGAAGGUAAAGGACCGGACAGACAUCAUCUUUGAGGUGGGAGACGAGCAGCAGCUGAAUUCGUGGAUGGCUGAGCUCCGGAAGUGCACAGGCCAAGGGCUGGAGAGCACAGACCCGGAGCUGCACGUUCCCUCCGCUCCGGAGCCUGGCACAGCCAGCUCUCCCAGGGGAAGCACAGAUUCCCUGAACCAAGGUGCUUCUCCUGGGGGGUUGCUAGACCCAGCCUGCCAGAAGACAGAUCACUUCCUGUCCUGCUACCCCUGGUUCCACGGCCCUAUCUCCCGAGUGAAGGCAGCUCAGCUGGUUCAGCUGCAGGGCCCUGAUGCUCACGGAGUGUUCCUGGUACGGCAGAGCGAGACCCGGCGUGGGGAGUAUGUGCUCACAUUCAACUUCCAAGGCAUAGCCAAGCACCUGCGUCUGUCGCUGACCGAGCGGGGCCAGUGCCGCGUGCAGCACCUUCACUUCCCCUCGGUCAUGGACAUGCUCCACCACUUCCAGCGCUCGCCCAUCCCCCUCGAGUGUGGAUCGGCCUGCGACGUCCGGCUGUCCAGCUACGUGGUGGUCGUCUCCCAGCCACCAGGUUCCUCCAACACCGUCCUGUUCCCCUUCUCCCUCUCUCGCUGGGAUUCAGAGCUGGGCCUUCCCCACCUUAGCUCCUCCGGCUGUCCACGGGGGCUGGGCCCGGAGGGUCUCCCAGGCCGCUCCUCCCCCCAAGAGCAGAUCUUCCACUUGGUGCCUUCGCCCGAGGAACUGGCCAACAGCCUGCGGCACCUGGAGUCGGAGCCUGCCAACCGUGCCCGGGACUCAGACUACGAAAUGGACUCCUCCUCCCGGAGCCACCUGCGGGCCAUAGACAAUCAGUACACGCCUCUCUGACGGGCAGUGGACUCCCAGGCCACAGGACCCUGAAGGAGCGAACAGGAACUGGUGAAUGUACUUUCUUCCCUUCCUUUCAGAGAGAGUGAAGGGACAUUAACUGCUCCUUCCAGUUUGGAUGUGACCCUUCUAUUAGGCCUGUUAAAGGGCCUCCUGUAAGUUCCCACCUGGCUUUCUCCUUAUUGUUUACAGAUGUAGUUCUUGUCCGCAGAUGCCCUAGCUCCUGUCGGGCCCCCAGGACCAGCCCUGGCACUUGGGGGGGGAGGGGGUAAGGACCAGGCUGGCAGUGGAAACUUUUUCUUACUGACACUGUCACAACUGAUGACAGACUUUCUACGUGGGGAACGGGGGGUGGGGGGAGGGGGUCCAUCAGGAAGCCCAAAACACUAACAAGCCCUGGAUCCCUAUGGCUUUCCCGCACAGCUUCCUCCACAUGCAGCUCUGCGCCCCCGCGCCUAUCCGCUUUGACCCAGCCUUACAACAGAGCUCUGACAGGACAGGCUAAAGGUCAAAAAUGAUUUUAAACAUUUUACCUCAGAUAAAUUUUUCAAAUGAUUCAGGUUUUAAAACUAAACCAUUGCUUAUUUCACUGCACUGUUUGAACUAAUACCCAUUCGAUUUUUGUAGUCAGACAGCUAUGCAACCCUCCUGGACUAGGGCUAAGCCAGCACCUGCUGCCAAGGAGCCACUGUCCUUCCUAAAUGUAGAGAAGUGAAACAUGUGGCCAUUUCAGAGAAAUCCAGGCCGUUACUGAACUAGGAGGGCGGCAAAUUCCAGUUCUACCUGGUGCCUUAGGAAUAAACAACUGGAUUCUGCUUCUGGCAUUGUUCUCCUUCCCGGCGGGCUCAGCCCCCAGCAUCCAAUGGCUCAAUUUUCCCACGAGGUUUUAGGCUCAAUCUGGUGCCAUGGCUGACAAGGAGCUCCUCCAACAGCCCAGCCAGUGCGCUGUGCCAGCAGGUCCCGCUGCCUCUGAGGCGUGGGCAUGCACACGUGGGCUCAGAUCUCCAUCUACACCUCUUCACAAGUGACACCACUCACCUGGGGGCUGGCUCCUCCCAGAGAAGCCUCAGUGACGAGGGGCAGUGACUGUGAGGUCAGCUGCCCCUGGGACCAGCUCAGCUUUAACAUGUAUGAUACACGUCAAUUAGAGGCUAAACCAAACCUUGGCCUGAACUUAACUCCUGCCUGCCUUAUCUGGCCAGGGUCAGGGUUUUGUCUGCUCCCUCCAGCCACUCUCAGUAUUCUAAGAGGUGAGACUUUUGCUUAUAGUGCUUAUAGAAUUUUGUGGUGUUUUUUUUUUGGGGGGGGGGGGCAGGCGUGCGGGGCAUCAACUAACCACCUCUUCACUUUUACUUUUAAAAACCAACACUCCUGGGUGUUUCCACAGGUUGUAAAGCAGAUCCAACCCCGAUCCAAAUUUUCGGUCCAUUUCUAAGGACACUUUUUUUCUACAUACCAAGCAGGUUUCGCUAAGCAAAGCGGGAACCAGAGGAGCACACACUAUUUUGAAUGUCUCUUAAAAGAUAAAGCUCAUCACAGAAAGUCCAUGCUGACAAGUCACUGGUGCAGAAAAAGGGCAAAUUAUACAAUGAAACACACCUACCCCCUCCCUCCACAUCUGGGCUAUGACAUCUUCAAGCCAGGGGCACCCACUUCUAAGCAGUCUCAGCACAGACGUCUCAGGUAGUACCAAGAGGCAGCAAACUAGUGGCUCAGCUCUGACCCACUGGCUGCCAAGUACCAGCUCAGAUUCUAACAGAGAGCUGGAAGUCACCGCUCCAGGCUGCUCCAGUCUAAAUGUUCAAGGAAAAUAUUUCCUUUCCAAAUGUGUCUGAGUUACCAGGACACCUCAAAUACAUCCCAACAGAAAGCCCCGCCACAGUUGGGAAGGAGUGACCCUAAGCCAGGCCUCUCCUUUCUGCUAGAGCAGGUAGAGCUGGAGAAGAGGGAGCAGUGGGUCCCUGGGCUGAUGCCCUCACAGUGACCCUGCUGGCCGUAGCUAGCCCACAUGCCACCCUCCUUCCAGUCCUGAUGUGACCACCGCUGGCCUCAAGAGGCCAAGCCAGCACCUCCACAGAAAGCCGGGCUGUGAGUGCCAAAGGGACAGUAAGUACUGCGACCACUGCAGUUCUCUCCAACCAGACAACAGCCAGGAGACUGCUCUCAGCACCGUCACCUCCUGAAUCUGACUUUAACGAACUUUUACAAACUAACAGUCACCAGCACCAAAGAAUUAAGUCAACUAACCUGCCUUGAAUUUUAGACCAGCAAUCCAAUGGCUUUAUCUGGUAUAAAUCUUCUGCCUCUGAUCAUUUCUGGACCGUGUAGGAAAAAGGAAUAGCAAUCAUUAAAAUCUUAGACCACAAAACACUAUUUUUAUAUAUAAAAUCAAGGCCUUGAACUCUUCCCUUCCCUAAGGGUUGCCUAAGAUUCCUUCAUGCUUUUAUUCAGGGCUAACUCUCCUAUUGCAAAUGUCAUGUGAGCGCUAACAUCUCCCACAGGUUAGAGGAACUUGUAUAUUUCCACUGCCUCUAACAAGGACACAUCUGUCACCCAGUGUUGGGCUGGAAUAAGCCACACAUUGUAACAACACAGAAAAUGGGUUCAAUCUUUUAUCAUUACAGGCAGAAGAAGGUAUUUGGCAAAUUGUUAUAUAUUGUUUAUGUACUGUACAAGUAACUUAUUCUUGAAUAACAAAUUUUGCUAUAAUGUAUAAAUUGCUAUAUGUGAAUUAAAAAAUGUUUUCAGAAUAUU